AGAGUCCUGCGCGCUGACAGUCGAAAUUCCGUUGAGAGCGAAGCUGGCAAAAAGUAAAAGUGAAAAUCAGGCCCUUGAAAAUUGUUCAUCAAUUAUGCAUUGAUUAACACGAGCGAGCCACUUGGAGUUUUGUUUGUGAGCGCGGCUAACGGAAAGUGAAUUUUGAAAAGCGUGUGGUGCUAGAUAUACAUAUUCACGUUAUUUUUUCAUUCUGUGUUCGGUAAUCCAUAAUUUGCGAGAAAGCACUUGAGCGCGCCCAACAACCCACACACCCCGUACGGUAUAUAUACACACACAGUUGUGGGUGAACCGCCCCCACAUUGCCCUUGGCCCCACGGACCCAAGAAGCGUUCGAUUUUUCACAACAGUCAGUGAAAACGCUCGGGGAACCCUGAGAACCACCAGCGAAUCGAGAAGCCCGCGUUUCGGAGACCCACUAUCACCAUGGACAUGCUCAACCAGAUACUCAGCAUCAAUAAUGGUGGCGCCUAUGGGGGCGGGAAGGCUGGCGGAGCCUUCGACCCGCUCACGUUCGCCAUGAAGCCCCAAGUUGUCAUCAGGGCUCUCUGCUGGCUCUUUUCGGUCGUGGUCUUCGGCUGCAUAUCCUCGGAGGGCUGGACGGAGAAGGACGGCAAGGAGUAUUGUCUUUAUAAUGGCGACGGCAUGGCCUGCAAGUACGGCAACAUGGUGGGCGUCUUCGGGUUCCUGGCCUCCAUGGGUUUUAUGGGCGGCGAGUUCCUGUUCGAACGGAUGUCGUCGGUGAAGAGCAGAAAGCGUUACGUCAUGGCCGACAUGGGUUUCUCGGCCUUCUGGACCUUCAUGUACUUCGUGGCCUUCCUCUACUUGUGGUCCCAAUGGAGCUCGUCGCCCCCACCGCCACUGGGAAUCGGAGCUGGCAGCAUGAAGACCGCCAUUUGGUUCUGCCUCUUCUCGAUUGUCAGCUGGGCUCUCUGCGCUCUGAUGGCCUACAAGCGUUUCCUGAUCGGCGCCGGCGAUGAGUUCACCUCGGCCUUCGAAACGGACCCGGCCAACGUGGUUCACCAGCAGGCCUACGGAUACUCCAUGGAUAACGACAACGAUCAGUACAGCGCCUCUCCAUUUGGCCAACCUCAGCAGGGAGGCAUGGAGCAGCAGCAAUCCGGAAUGGAGUACCAGCAGCCCACCUACUAAGGAAUUUCCACACUUGCUCCUCCGUUGUCCGCACACACUCACUUCGAUUUUGUAGUGCAACUGGCAAAGGUUUAACACGACUAAACAGCAAACACACAAGUUGGCUUUACCAUAUACACCGAUGUCGAACAUAUAACAAGAGUAACCGAAACAAUAACAAUUAAUGCAAGGCAAGACAGCAGCUGGCAGAAAGAAACCAAUCCACGCACUGGCUUUAGCUACCGGAAGAUUCAGGGGAUAUACUAUACACCGGAAAUUGGGAAUGCGUAUGUCCGGAGUUGUAAGCUAGCCCUUUAAGUUGAGUGCGCCGUUUUUUGUAGUGGAAAUUUGUUGCAAUAUAUUAUACAGAUAUACAACUAGUUAUGUAUCCCCGUGUAUACAUGCUACCCGCGCUUUCAACGUUGUUAGUUAUUUAGUGAUUACGUGUACGUACUAACAUAAAUGUAUGAUUUCGAUUCGUGCCAGACCCUGGUCCCCCCGAUCAGCUUGUUAACGAUGGCAAUAGCUUGCAACAGAGGGAUACAUGAAGUUUUUUAGAUAAAUUUACACACGUGCAGUGCAAAUAGUUGACGCAACAUGAAGCAAUUCGGCCACCGCAAGGACAGAUAGACAGAUCGACCACUGCUCAAACCACAUAUCCAAUAUCCAUCUGGAGAGCCCCACUAAAUAGACCUGCGGCCAGGGUCGAAGCUUGGUUAGACGAUGAGCAGCAAUAGCAACCACAACAAUAAACGCCAAAACAAUAUGUAAAUUCUAAAGAGUAAGGGAUCUUUAAACCGUAGAGUCGUUGUGAGGGUAUCAGUAUUCGGGGAGAUUACUGCAGGAAUAUUACUAGUUAUGGUUCGCAAUCACGCUGAUAAUGGUAUAGGGCUUGUUCAAGGCUUGUUGUUGCCCCUCCCUACCAAAGAUUUGUAUAGUAACUAUAAAUACCCAAACCAAUGGAAAUAUACUUAUGUGUACAAUACCCAUUAUGCAUUGUAAAGGGGCCUUCUCACCCAAAGCUAAAGAGAAAAAUGGGUGCGGCAGCUCCUUCGAUAUACUCAAAUAUCAAUGAAUGUAAACAUAUUGAUUACAUAAACGUUCACUUAGUGCAGCAACUUGCGAUAACCUACAAAUGUAUUUGUUAAAUUAAAUACUAUAUACAUAUACAUAUAUUAUAUAUAUUUACGAAUUGUGUGUAAUGCGAAGCGCCCUGUUAAAUGCAACAAGGAGAUAGGGAUCUCAGAAAAUAUACAAAUAUAAAUUAAUCAUGUAGAAUUCGUGUGCGUUAAAAUGGUAGAAAAAUAAAAAAACAACAAAUUUACUCAUUUCAAAAUCUAAUAAGAUCAAGCAAAAUAGCGAACCCAGCCCAAAAUCGGCUUGAACAUUUGCGAACACUAUUGUAACAGAGAAACUCCUCAACAAGAUUCUGUACUGGAAACCCCUCAAAUAAAUAUAAAUACAUAUUUUUAAAAACCAA